AUGAGACUUAAAUUACUCAAUUAUGACAUAAUUCUUGAACAUGCACCUGGCAAAACGAUAGUUUUAGCGGAUUAUCUAUCGAGAUACAUGAGCAAAAGUGAAAAGGUUUCGGAAGAUCAAUCAAUUACUGAGUCGAUCUUGUCGAUUAACGUGACAGACGCGCGUAAAAUCGAAUUACAGCAAGAGACGAACAAUGAUGAAAUUUUAAAGCAAAUCAAGGAAUAUUGCAAAUUCGGAUGGCCAAAUAAUAAAGACAAAUGCGAUCCAUCCACGAGAUAUUUUUAUAGACUCAGGUCCGACAUAUUGCUCGAAGACGAAAUCCUGUUCUAUAAACAACGAAUAAUCAUUCCAAAAUCCAUGAGAAAAGAAAUUUUGCACCAAUUGCAUAAGCCGCACUUCGGCAUAAACAAAACGCUCAAACGUGCCCAAAAUUCAGUAUUCUGGCCAAACAUUUCCAAUGAAAUAGAGCAAACAGUUUCAAAUUGCAUUAUUUGUCAAGAGAAUGCGCCGAAAAUUCAAAAAGAGCCGCUCUUGCCACAUGACAUUCCGAAUGAACCGUUCAAGAAAAUUGCAUGCGGCAUUUUAGAUUUUAAAUCAAAGAGUUUUCUUGUCGUAGUUGACUUCUAUUCGAAGUGGAUAGAAUUAGUUAAAUUGAAAGGCAAAACUGCUCAUCAUGUAAAUACAGAAUUAUUAAGGCUAUUCGCUACAUUUGGUUACCCACAUAUAAUAAUUGCAGAUAAUAUGCCAAUGGGUUCUUAUGAAACCAAACAAUUCGCAAAAAAGCAUGAUAUUGAAAUCAUUACAAGCAGCCCUAAUUUCCCACAGUCAAACGGAAUGGCUGAAAAAGCGGUCGGUAUUUGUAAAAAUAUUUUAAGGAAGUCAGAGAAUGAAGAAGAUAUUCUCAGAGCAUUGCUCGCAUACCGCACCACACCAACCAAAAACAUGUCAUAUUCGCCAGCUCAGCUAAUUCAAAAUCGUAAUUUGAGAACUGAAUUGCCAAUGCACAUCGAUAAAUUUCGACCCGAAUUAUGCAUUGACGUCGAAAAACAACAACAAGCAAAGCAAAAGAUCUGUAAAUCAUAUUACGACAAAUGUGCCAAGCCGAGAAACCUCGACUUAAAAAAUGAACAAAGCGUUUUAUUCAGAAACAACGACAAAUGGCAACACGGGAACGUUGUUGAUAAACACGAUACACCACGGUCAUAUGUUGUUCGAUCUAACGGUCGAGACUAUCGUCGGAACACACGGCACAUUCGAAUAUUUAAUGAAAACACGAACCAAGACAAAACAAAUCAAACACCGAUAGCCCACGUUCAUCGAAAAUGCACACGGAGUGGCCGAACUUAUUAA